GUUUUUGUUUUGUGUCGCAUGCCAACGGAUACCUCCGCUAUGGCGUGGGCAUGGCCGUCUUCCGGCCUCAGGUCCGCGGACCGUGGCUCCUCAGCCUGAUCAUCCUGGCAUUUGGCAGCACUUGUGACGAGGCAACGGAGACAUGUGCUGCGACGAGGCAAUCGUGCGGAGGCCGCAGCAUCGUCCUGGGGGCGGGGCUGGCGGGGCUUGUGGCUGCCCAGACCUUGCGCCGCGCCGGGUGCGAGGUGGUGGUGCUGGAGGCGCAGCCAGAGCUGGGCGGCCGCGCCAAGGCGCUGCCCACUGGGCCCUUCCGCGGCCUGCCCAAAGGGGCUCAGUGGAUCCAUGGCGGCGAGAGGAAUUUGCCAAUGAUGGCCCUGCUGCAUUUCUACAACCUGUCCUACACCCGAGUGGGCGGCAACACAGACUUCGAAGGUGAUGAUGAGCGCCAUCAUCUCAUCCACCAUGGCCUGAAUGCCUCCUUGAAAGCCGAGGCCUUCCGCCUCUUCGGCGCCGCCCACGCGCGCUUCGAGCGCGAGGCGCUGCGGCGUCUGGCGGGCGGCAUUUACUUUGACAAUGUCAAUUGA